ACUGGUUUUGUUUAGAAACCGUAUCGUCUCCGCCGCUCUCUUUCUUCAGAGUUAACUCUGCGUCGGCUCCAAUGGGAAAGGGAACAGGGAGUUUUGGUAAAAGAAGGAACAAAACUCACACCCUCUGCGUCAGAUGUGGCCGCCGUAGCUUCCAUCUCCAGAAGAGUCGUUGUGCUGCCUGUGCUUUCCCUGCUGCUCGUAGGAGGAAAUAUAACUGGAGUGUGAAGGCAAUCAGAAGAAAGACGACUGGAACUGGUAGGAUGAGGUAUCUUCGCCAUGUUCCUCGCAGGUUCAAGACUGGCUUCAGGGAAGGUACUGAAGCAGCACCCAGGAAGAAGGUUGAAGCAGCUUCUGCUUAAGGUUUUAUGAGGUUGUUUUGGAUUGAGCCGUCUUGUAAGGAAAAGUUUUAUGAGAACUUUACUCGAGGAGUGUUAUUACAAUGAAAUGCUUUCGUUGUUUUUGCUUGAUUUUUAUGGAGUUACUUUAAAUUUUGAACAAGAUUGCCAAGGCAAUUGUUGUUUGGCCUUUAGUUACACUUUUUUUGGAUGAAGUUUAUCUUCUGGUUUUGGUUAUGA